AGGGUAACACUUACGUUUUGGCCCCAGGUCACUUUGGAGGGAUUUGAUUGAAUGUGCCUGUAGCGGACACUGGCAUCCUAUAUUAAUACAUUAAACACUCUUCCAAUUUUAAAUAUCACAUUUUUGGCGAAGGGUGCUCAUUGUUGCAGCAGAUUUUAUUUUGAAUUUUAAAUAUGUGAUCUAUUUUGUUUUUUUGAAGAUACAUAAGGAAGAAAGGAACCCCAGGGGCAGAGGGGAUGUUUUUUGUCCUUCUUCAGAUAUGCUUCCUGUGAACAGAAGUGUUUGUGGAAAACGCACAGGAGCCUUCAGAGGCGCUCACUGCGGGACGUAAGUAGCUCUCCAGGGUGCUGAAGUUGUCUCCAAACGCGACAGACGCAGCGUUCAUUCUCUGCCUGUCACUUUCAGCCCAUAAUCCGAACACAAUGACUUGGCUGUGUCUUCACCGGCGCGACACCGUGGAUCCUCGGGUGUCUAAGUAAGGUUUUGGGAUGGUUAGGUGACGGUUUAUGUGGAUACAGAAAAGGAGAUCUGAGAGGACACCUGUAAGAUUGUCUCGUCGGACCCUAAAGCUGUCCUAAUGGCUCCAAAUAAAUGGUGUCACUGGUCUAAUUGAUAAUGCAUUAGUGAACACAAAUAUUCACUAUCUUUGACACCCUGGAAGGACAAUGCAACAUAUUCAUCCAAAUUUCAGAGGGGCGCUAUGGGAGUCUAACCAUCCAUGUAUGCCAAUAAUUAAAAGCAGACCAACUUUAACGACACUGCCCCUUUAUAACUUUCUGUUAUGGGUCCUCCUCGGAGUGUUGACGUUCCCUUGUUGUGUCCACUGUUUAAUAUUCAAAGUGGGGGUUCUGGGGCCUUGGAAUUGCAACCCUGUACCCUACAGGGCCCUACCUGCUGCGGCCGCCAGGCUCGCUGUAAACAGGAUAAACGGAGACCUAAAUCUGGAUCUGGGACUGAAAAUGGACUUUAUCAUCCUCCAGGAGCCUUGCGAAACAUCCAGAGCCCUCACUGCGUUUAUUUACUAUGAGCAGAUGGCGGAUGCGUUCGUGGGCCCAUCCAACCCGGGAUAUUGUACUGCAGCUUCUCUGCUGGCCAAGAAUUGGGACAAAGCCAUCUUCUCUUACAGCUGUGUUAACUAUGAGCUGGACCAGCUCAUAGAAUACCCGACUUUUGCCAGGACAGUGGCAGUUCCCACAGAGGUGUUGUUCACCGUGUUUAAACACUUUAGGUGGGCCAGUAUUGUAGUGGUCUCAUCCAAUGAGGACAUUUGGAGGGAUACUGCUGUGAGAGUUGCUACUGCUCUCAGAGAGAAGGGGCUUCCUGUUGGCCUGGUUACAUCUAUUGGUAUAAAUGAGACGGAGGUGGAGAGCACCCUGAGGAAGAUACAGGCUGCAGGAAACAUCCAUGUCAUCAUCAUGUGCAUGCACUCAAUCCUGGUUGGAGGGGAGAAGCAGGCCACUUUUCUUCUCAAAGCACAGAAAAUGGGCCUGACUUCGGGGAACUAUGUGUUCGUGCCCUAUGACACCCUCCACUACAGCGUGCCCUACACCAAUGUCUCCUACUUCCCGCUGCAAAACAACAGCAGGCUGAGGGAGGCCUAUGAUGCUGUGCUCACUAUCACUAUGGCCUCUGAGCCUUUGUCGUUCAACGAGGCGUUCGCUGCCGCCCAGAGGAGUGAGGAAAUGACGCUAGACGUGCAGCCAGAACAGGUUAACCCACUAUUUGGGACCAUCUAUGACAGCAUCUACCUGCUGGCUAAGUCUAUCCACAAUGCCAGGAGAGGAGGCAUGCCGCUGUCAGGCUCAAACCUAGCGUACUUCACAAAGAAUACAACCUUCACUGGCUUCAACCACAAGGUCAAGGUGGACACUAGUGGGAAUGUUAAGACCAAUUACAUCAUCCUGGACUCUGACAACAGGGGGAGCCAGCUGUACCAGACCCAUUUAGUGGAUCUAAUGUCCGGAGUGCUUAGUUUUGCUGGGAGGUCCAUUAAUUUUCCAGGAGGAUCUCCUCCACCGUCUGAUUCCAGCUGCUGGUUUGACAAGAAUGCCAUCUGCACCGGAGGUGUGGAGGUCACCUACAUCAUAGUGGUGUUUGCUGUCAUCUUCAUUCUGGCUAUAGGAGGGCUCGUUAUAAGUCUUUGUAUCAGGAGGAGACUCCAACAAAUCCAGCUGGUCAAAGGUCCCAAUCGAAUCCUCCUGACUUUAGAGGAUCUCACUUUUAUCAAUCCUCAGCUUAGCAAAAAGAAAAUUACUUUAGAAGAUUUCAGUGAAUCCAAGAGCGCACUAGAGGAGAAAUCUGCAAACGGCUCGCACUCUGUGAACAGCAUGCAGGCUGCAACUCAUGAGACCACCAAUGUAGCUGUGUACGAGGGUGACUGGGUGUGGUUAAAGAAAUUUGAGGAGGGACAGUUCAAAGAAGUGAAGCAGAGCACCACCAAGAUUUUCACAAAGAUGAAAGACCUGAGAAACGAGAACGUGAACCCGUUUCUUGGCUUCUUUUUGGACUGCUCCAUGUUUGCGGUGGUGAUGGAGCACUGCUCACGGGGCAGUCUACAAGACCUGCUGAGGAACGAGGACGUCAAAUUAGACUGGAUGUUCAAGUCCUCACUUGUGCUCGACCUCAUCAAGGGUAUGAAAUACCUUCACCACAGAGAAUUCCCCCACGGCAGACUAAAAUCUUGUAACUGUGUGGUAGACGGGCGUUUUGUCCUCAAGAUAACUGACUAUGGCUUCAAUGAGCUGCUGGAGUCUCAGAAAGCGCCUACAGAAGAACCUCCACCUGAAGAUUUAUUUUGGACAGCUCCAGAGUUCUUAAGGGACCUUGCGAACUCACGUAAAGGCACCUACAAGGGAGACGUGUACAGCUUUGCCAUCAUUCUUCAAGAGGUAGUGGUCAGAGGGCCACCCUACUGCAUGCUGGGUCUACCGCCCAAGGAUAUCAUCCGUAAGGUGAAGAAGCCUCCUCCGAUGUGCCGCCCCAAUGUGGCCCCGGACCAGGCUCCUCUGGAGUGUAUCCAGCUGAUGAAACAGUGCUGGUGCGAAAUGCCUGAACGCAGACCAACAUUUGAAGAAAUCUUUGACAGGUUUAAGAUAAUCAACAAGGGUAAGAAGACUAACAUCAUUGACUCCAUGCUGAGGAUGCUGGAGCAGUACAGCUCCAACCUGGAGGACCUCAUCAGAGAGAGAACAGAGGAGCUGGAGUUGGAAAAACAGAGAACAGAAAAACUAUUGUCAGAGAUGCUACCACCUUCUGUAGCUGAGGCCCUGAAGACCGGUGCCACAGUGCAGCCAGAGUACUUUGACCAGGUGACAAUCUACUUCAGUGACAUUGUAGGUUUCACUACCAUCUCCUCGCUCAGUGAUCCCAUCGAGGUGGUCGACCUUCUCAAUGACCUCUACUCUCUGUUUGACGCCGUGCUCAGUAACCACGAUGUGUACAAGGUGGAGACCAUUGGUGAUGCUUACAUGGUGGCAUCGGGUCUGCCAAAGAGAAACGGCAACAAGCACGCGGCUGAGAUCGCCAACAUGUCUCUGAACAUUCUCAGCUCAGUAGGAACCUUCCAUAUGCGGCACAUGCCAGACGUGCCCGUCAGGAUACGCAUAGGAAUCCACUCAGGGCCCUGUGUUGCUGGGGUGGUAGGUCUGACUAUGCCUCGGUACUGCCUUUUUGGAGACACAGUCAACACUGCCUCUCGUAUGGAAUCCACUGGGCUGCCUUAUAGAAUCCACGUAAAUAUGAGCACUGUGAAGAUCCUCCAUUCUCUUAAUGAGGGUUAUAAAAUAGAUGUCAGAGGCAAGACAGAGCUGAAGGGUAAAGGUAUUGAAGAGACAUACUGGCUUGUAGGGAAAACAAACUUUACAAAGCCUUUGCCAAAACCGCCAGAGAUCAAACCAGGGGACAACUGGCAGGAGAUGGUGACAGAAGAGAUCAAGACGCUUUUUCGCAAGGCCAACAGGCAGGUGGACAAGAAGAUCUGAAUGAGAGGAAGAGAAGGAAAGAUGUGAAAGGAACAAUACCAGAGAAGAAAAGAGGAGGACACAUCCAGAGGAAGACAGAGAGCACCACCCAGCUUCUCACUUUGGCUUAAUGCAGACUUGUUUAAGAGGAUUGCCCAUCGACUGGCUAAUCUGCCUGCAGCCAGCGCAGCAGUACACCACGGUGCUAAUGUAAUGAGAGUUGUCGCAUUACCUGCCUACAUACCUGCUGCCAGCAGCGCAGGGAAGGUGAACAGCGCCUCAAUAAAGGAGGCACUCACCGGCCACUACGUGGUCACCUAUUUCAAGGCAACCAGAGGUUCACCCAUCGGAAGAUUCAAAGCCCCAAAUGCCUAUUUCAAAAUUAUUAUUAUUUAUUUUUUUCUGGUGAUGAUGUCUGUUUUUAGUUUGCCAUGAAAGCUCAUGAUAGAGUUGAGAGUAAGGAUGUUACUUAGCUAUGGCUGAAUAUUAUAUGUCAUUAGCCCUCUGAAGUCAGAGUGUGUAUAAUUAUCAAAAGAGAGAAAGAGACAUUUGCCACUUUAAUUUCUACUGUAGAAUGACUAGGAAGAGUCUGUCAGGUCCACCCGUUUGCCACAAAACAUUUUUUUGAGAUGUCACCUUUUCUUCUUACUAAUGAAAGGGUGGCAGCACUUGGAAAGUCAAUACAAUGCAACAAAAAAUAUAUUUCCUUUCCUGUUAUAGUCAAUAAAGUUUUAAAGUCCUUUAGUGAAACGUAUUGCUGUUUCCGAAGUGCUCAGUGAUGCAUUAAUUCCACUAUUCAUCAUGAAAACUAUUUGUGAGGCAAUCUUUUCUACAUUUCAGCAUUUUAAAAUCGUGUUUCUUUUCCAUCAUCACAAAUUUACAACCUGUCUUUAGCGUGGCAAUAUGAGAACACAAUCUCUGCAUUGAUCCUCACACAGAAAUUGCAUUUAUUUCACAAACCAAUUAACUUUGUGAUGUCAAAGUACACAAAUCCAUAAAAGUUUAUUUCUGAGAUCAGGAGAGCAAACUGUGUGUACAAUGUUAAACUCAUCUGGUAAUGUUAAAGUUGGUUUCCCCAACAGAUGACAUUGCACUAUACUAACCAACAAGUCCUCCAUGCAUGAUGCAUCUGAGAGCUGUGCAGCCGCUGAAGAGCCCCAUCCAGUGUUCAAAUAUAUUAUAUAUUAUAUUUUCUGAGGAGCGUUGAAUGAAUUUUAUUUAUCAACAGAGUAAAAAAUAAUAAGCAACAUGUUCACUGCAAUUACUUUAAAAUAAAGCAUGUAGGCAUUAGGAAAUACCUGAGGGCACACACUAAAUAUAAUAUCAAACUAAAUAGAUAAUAAUAUUGAAAUAUGUUAUGUGAUAGAAAUGUAUUUGUGAAAGUAUUGUUUUGACCUAAACCCAAAAUAUGACAUCUCCAAUCCCCUGCAUCUUAUCAUCUGAAUGGUGACUAUAGGAGCAUCUUAAUUCAUGUGUGCAAAACAACAGCAGAGUCAGUUUGAAACAUGUAUAUUUUGUUCUGUAUAUAUGUUCUAUAUUAUUGCUGCAAUGCAAAGUAUAAGGUGUAUGUAAAUAUGGCAUAAUUAAGUAAUUAAAUAAUGAAUUUGUAACACCUUCA